UAUCUCUGUGCACUCUGGAAAGAAGCAUAAGCUAGAAGAAGAGGCAGAAGGCUGUCCUGUGCGGAAGAAGAGACUGACAGGAGCCACCAAUUGCCCUUUGAAUCCCAGCACUGAAGAAGGAAUUCUCUGUGCAGGUCAGCAGGCAGCUGGGGAGGUAGCAAGUCAGUGUGGUGGCAGCAGUCCUGGACCUGCCAUGUUAGAAAUUCCCUGUGAAGAAAUGGAUCAGACAAUGGGGGAACAGCAGUGCGAGGUUGCUCGCAGGAAACUUCAGGAAAUUGAGGACAGGAUAAUUGAUGAAGAUGAGGAAGUUCAUGCUGAUGGAAAUGUUAGCAAUCUGCCCACUCUUAUCCUGUCAGAUACCCUUAAAAAAGGGAUGAAGAGGGAUUUUGGUGAAGUCCUGACAAAGAAAAUAAUAGAAUCUAUGAGCCGUCCUUCGAUGGAGCUGGUGCUUUGGAAACCUCUGCCUGAAUUCCUGACAGAUAAACUGAAGUCUGCUCCUGUUAAGAACUUCAAGCAGCAAAGUACAGAAGGGUGUCAAGCUAAGCAGCCAACACCAGGAGUUCCUUUUGAUCCACAGACUGAAACAUUCCCUGCGUUACAACAGACUGCCAUGUCUCCAGAUCCCUAUUGUAGUCUGGGAAUAUCUGCUUGUGCAGAAGAAGAAAUGGAGUUGUAGGUGCCAGAUUUUAGACUGGAAGUGGUGAGCUUCUGAUGCUUUUUAUUGGUAUUUUUGAGUCUCUCUUUCUUUAUGGUUUGAUGUGUGAAUCUGAAGUUGCAUUAUUUGGUUUUUUGUUUUCUUACCGACAACCAUAAGAACAUGGUUUGGCCAGAAAACAC